AUGGAGCGCGGUAAUCUGUACAUGACGCCUGCUGAGGCAGCACGUGAGGUUCCACCUCAGAUCAUGCAUGCCUUCAAUUUUCGUUUCAUUCAGAAACCUCAGAUCUGGAUCCUCUCGCCCGGCCACCCCAAGGUCAUGAAAAUAAUCGAAGUACGCUCCCUUCAAACAGAUGACGCGCGAGGAGACGAGUGGGCACGCGUCGACACUCUUGAGUAUCCUCGCUUCAUAGGCUAUUCCCUCAGGAAGGAAUACUGCGUUCCAUACCGUCAUCAUCCUGACUGCAUCCUGGAACUUUUCUGGAGUCCUCGCAAAUUCUAUGGUGGCCAUCCUGUCCCACUGGAGAAACAACCUGAUGAGAUUCAAGUCACCGGAGAGAAUUUCAUCGAGCUUCUAGGAAAGGGCAUCCGUCUCUACUGCGAUGGAGACUGGCCCCAGCCUCCCUGUCCACACCCUGAGGAGCCUGUCGUGUGUUUCAUUCUUCGUGGACGCCCGAGAAAGGAAGGCGAGCCUGAGUUCAGAGAGCCGGAGCCGCCAGUGGAACAAGAGAUUGACCCGGACUAUGACAUCUUCUCGCGCGAACGAAUCGACAGACCAGACCGUUUUACUGAUGAAUACACUCUCCCGUACGAGACCUAUGAACCGUCACGGUUAACGCAGCAAUGGCGACCAUGGUGA